UAAUUUGGUUAUCGUCUAAAAAAGUGUCGGCUUCAACUCCAAUUAUGCGCCGACAGACUAAGCUAAUACGGAUGACAUUAUUAACCCAAAUCUAAUCAACAUAUUAGUAUUUUAUUUCUAAAUAACUCGCUCUUUUUACAAUUUAUCAUCUACAAUCGUCGGUAGUAUUUUCGUGACAACAUUUAAUUCCACAUCCCAUAAGUUUAUUUCUAAAAUGCUAUAGAAUGAUUAUUUUAAAUGAUAAAAACAUUAAAUUCCACAUCCCAUAAGUUUUAGUAAUGUGCCGACAAAUGAUUCGGACAGCUAAUAUUAUCUGUGCAGCUUAAAACCAAAGCAGUGAGCAGCUCUCUACUUCACCACAUACCACACUCACCUUUCUCUCUUCGCUAUCUCCGCCCAACCACAAUGCAGCUCCACCUCGCCGCCGCGGUGGUUCUAUCUCUAGCCCUCCUCCUCCCCUCUUCCACCACCGCCCACAACAUCACCCGCAUUCUGGAGAAAAACCCCGAUUUCUCCAGCUUCAACCACUACCUGACCGUCACGCAGCUGGCCCCCGAGAUUAACCGCCGCGAGACAAUCACCGUGUGCGCGGUGGACAACGCCGGAAUGUCGGAUCUACUGUCCAAGCACCUCAGCCUGGGAGGCAUCAGGAACGUGCUCGCGCUCCACGUGCUCCUCGACUACUUCGACGCCAAGAAGCUCCACCAGAUCACCGACGGCACCGCCCUCGCCGCCACCAUGUUCCAGGCCACCGGCUCCGCCACCGGAUCCGCCGGCUUCGUCAACAUCACCGACCUCAAGGGCGGCAAGGUCGGGUUCGCCCCCCAGGACAACGGCGGCGUCGUCUCCGCCACUUUCGUCAAGUCCGUGGAGGCCAUACCCUACAACAUCUCCGUCAUCCAGAUCUCCUCCAUUCUCCCCUCCCCCGAAGCCGAGGCGCCCGCGCCGGGCCCCAGCCAGCUCAACAUCACCGCGCUCAUGUCCGCUCACGGCUGCAAGGUCUUCGCCGAGACGCUGCUCGCUAAUCCAGCGGAACAGACCUUCGAGGACAAUGUGCAGAGCGGCUUGACCGUCUUCUGCCCCGGCGACGACGCCAUGAAGGCCUUUUUGCCCAAAUUCAAAAACCUAACCGCCGCGGGGAAACAAUCUCUGCUCGAGUACCACGGCAUCCCGGUUUACCAAUCCAUGCCCGGAUUGAAAUCCAGCAACGGCGUCACCAACACUCUGGCCACCGACGGCGCCAGCAAGUUCAAUUUCGAUGUGCAGAACGACGGCACGGACGUCACCAUUGUCACCAAACUCGUGACGGCCAAGAUCCUCAACACGCUGAUCGAUGAGCAGCCGUUAGCUAUCUACCAAGUGGAUAAGGUUUUGAAGCCCAAGGAGUUGUUCAAAGGAGUUCUGCCACCGUCCCCGGCGCCGGCACCAGGUCCCGACGCCGACGCCGAGUCGCCCAAGCCAUCCAAGAAGAAGCACAAGUCGCCCCCCGCCCCGGCUGCGCCGUCUGAUUCUCCGGCGGAUGCUCCAGAUGGCGACGUGGCGGACCAGACCACUAAUGGCGCCGCUAGAUUCAACGCCGGAGGAUACGCCGCCAUAUUUUUCACUCUCUGCUUUGCAUUUCUUCAACUGUAGACUAGAUUUGUCUUAUUUUUCCGAAUUUGCUGUUUCUUUUUACUUUACUUUUUUUGUUUAUUUUUAUUUGGGAUAUUGUUAAGGCCCGAUGGCCAUUUAAUUUUUUUGUAUUAGAUUGUGUUUGUUCGUGAAAAA